AUGCAUGAAGGCAACAGCCCACAGCUAGAUAGUAAGCCUAGUAACAUAGACAAGGAUAGUCAGAGAAAACCCCAGGCUGAUACCGAAGAUGCUGAAUAUACCGACAUUGUGUGGACGAAAAGCUUAAGUAUUCACGAAUGCUCACAGGAGAUCUCAAAGAGCUUGGAUGUGCUUCUUCGAGGCAAGCCAGCUGAUACAGAGAAAGAGAUGUAUGAAGGUUUACUAGAAAGUGCCACAGAGGCUGUUCCGGAGCCCCUGAAGGCUUUGACACAGUGUUAUCCUCAGAACUACCUAUCGGAGAUCCUCAUAACGAAUUACACCGACCUUGUCAAGUUCUGCCUGCUGUACUUAAACUUGACGCUCUCGCUGAAAGUGACUAAGUUCGUGGUCAAUCUAUUUUACAGUUUGGAGUGUUGGGAGAUUUACCAUCUACUACAGAUGAUACCCAACCUAGACUACUUCCUCAGGCUUGUGGAUAUUGAUGUCACGGAUACGCCGUUUGGACACGUUGUGUCACCCCCAGAUAACUACAUGGGAUUUAAUCUAAGGCAGGGCUUCCAAUAUCCAUUUCCCUUCCCCUUCUACAACUUCUCCUACCACACCAUGAACCCAGACGUGACGAAUCAGAAGUACCAACGGCUUCGCAUUGAUAAUUACAUUGACAUUCGUUUGAACAAGGCACAGCCAAAGAAAAAGAAGAAGACGAGGGCACCGAAAAAGAGCUCAGUAUCACAGGAGGCAUCACCUCAGCGUCUCUUGAGGCAAGAUUCCGCCAUUUCUGAAAACUCACAAGAAUUCACAUUUCAAAAGGUCACACCCAGAGACAUCGCUUUUGACAUCCAGACCGUUGGCGAAUUGGAGGAUGACGAUGAUGGGUACACGACAGAUGAGGCCGAGAGGAUUUUGCAAGAUGAGAACAGAGCCGUGCCCAUGGGACAGCAAGGCUUGGUUUUCGUGCCAUCCAUAUUUCAACACUUGGUUCUGCCAGGCGUCCUCACGUCAGGGCCUGCCACCAGACUCUCUAGUUUGCACGAAAUUCAGGAGCCUCCGUUGGCGAAUAUUCAAAGACCAGAGCUACCGGCACAUCCACCACAUCAAAAUCCUCAGCUGGUCAUCAGGUCGCCUCGGGAGGAAAUAAAGAGGGAGGGUUCCAGUUUGGCCCAGCCACCCUCUUUCAUUUCUCAGGCGCCAAUACCGGCAUCUUUGCAGUACCCUCCACAGUAUAAGGAUCCUUCAAGACUGCCGUACUACGGCACAUCCUCCAGGAUGGGUUCUCAUCCACUGCCUCAAUUCCCUGCCUAUGCUUCUGCCUUACCACCACCAGCUACACUCGUAUCUCCACAGCUCAAAACAAGAGAGGAGGGCCACCAGGAUCAUAGCCCACAGCUACAACGGUACGGAUACCAAGGCUAUCCCGCAUUCCAGCCUUAUGGUCAACCCUUCUAUGGCGACCGAAGACUCUUUAUGCAGAUGCCUAUCCAGGGAUAUGUUCCCAUGGGAGUGCCUCCUCAAAAGCUUCCAGGCCAGGGAAUUCCUCAAAAUAUGCAUAGUCCACAGUAUCAGCAGCAGUUUAUCGGCUCCAUGCCCAUGCCACCGCUUGGGUACCAGUAUCCCGUUGCCGAAGCUGCACAGCCACACGGAUCGCCGCCGAUGCACGCCGUCCAAUCAAAUCCCACUCCUCCGCCUCCAGGAUCCAUACAUCUGCCUCAUUUGAGAGACGAGGACAAGUCCAAGAAAUACAUGAGUGAAGUGCUACGGAGUCCCUCAGACAUCGCCAGCUACGAGUCCUCCUUCACUUACCCUCCAUCGGAAGAGCACAACACAAUGACUUCUACGCUUGACUCAGGCAUCAAUGAAAAGGGGGACUCGAUUCAUGAUCAUAUGUCCCCUCAGGAAACGUCCGAUGCUUCACCACGUCGAAUGCAGCCGAUCAUUCCUUCAUCACAACCUGAGGGAAACCAGUCACCCACUGCUACAAGUGCUAUUUCCCCAUCGAAUGAAACACAUGCAGUUGCAAAACGACCCUGGGAGUCGACCAGCGUCUCUCUCACAAUUCCAAAUGUCAAGGAAGCUUUAUCUACAAAAGCGUCAUCAUACACAGCUGCCCUUACAGAACUAGGCAGUGCUAGCAUGUCAGAGAUGGUCCAGGCCCUUUGCCACAUUGAGCCCCAGAGCACUACUGAGUACGCUGAGCUCAUGUGUAAAAUUGCAUAUUUGGUCCACGAGGGCGUUCUUGAGGAGACGUAUAUCCAGGCACUAGAAAAGAGACUUUAUGCUUUGGAGGACUUAUUGUCCAGCUACAUCGCCGAGGACCCUGCUCUGUCAGAACUAUACAUAGUUGUGGAAUGCUGUUUCGAUAUAUUCUUGAAUAUCGCCAUGGACAGCACCAGAGAUGGCCUUUCUGCAAACAUCAUCCGCUUCCUUUCCAGCAUCUUGGUCAACCUCAACUAUUGGGAAGUGUACAACCUCAUACGGCUUAAUCCUGCUGUCUACCUGUUUCUAACGCUCAUAAAGUUUGAUUUAAAUGCAUGCUACACGAGGUUUGUUCAGAGCUAUUCCAAUUUCCGCUACAAACAGACCCAGCUUUCACCCGCUACAAUUGAGAAAUUCACCGCUUUACGAGAACAGCAAAAGAGAGAGCGUGAUGAGCGCUUCGCAGAGGCUGUCAGCAACGACGAUGAAUAUUUCAACAAGGAUCUGACCGAGGAGCAUGAUAAGUUCAUCUCCGAUAGACUCGCAUCUGAAGGCAAGGGUAAGGAUAAAAAGAAGGCUAAGGCCGAUUCAAAACUUUCAGCGCAUAGAGUGAUAAAGAAGCCGGAGAUCAAGCCCGGUAGUGCACGUCUGCUGAACUACGACCCUGAUGUGAUUCAUGAAUGUCAAUUACCUUCGGCUGAGGAGCCUGGAAAGAUGUGUCUCAGAAGAUUCUCCAGAAAGUACGAGCUCAUAAGGCACCAGGACACCGUUCACCUGAAAAAGAAGAAAUUGUUCAAGUGCUUUGUCUGUGUCAAACAGGACCCUGUUAUGGGGCCCAGGAUAUUUACUCGUCAUGAUACAUUGGCGAAACACAUCAGAGUGAACCAUCGCAUAUCAGGCAAGGAAGCCAAGGCCGAGGUCGCCUACUCCAAGAAGCAUGCAGAAAUUGUCGAUGAAGGAGAUAUUACUGUCCAUGUGGGGCGUCGGAAGACCAAGGUUGAUUUUGAGCUUCGAGCCCAUAUGAACAAGGGAGGUCGUGAAGCUCCGGAUGGAAGUAUCAUCUUUGAUGACGAUGAAAUGCUUUCUGGCGAAGAAGGCGAGCCAAUGAUUGACGUUGUGUAA